AAGCAGUUUACUAAAAGCGUGUGUGCGAUCUGUGAGUGUAUUUCUGUGUGUGAGCUCCUCCUCUGCUCUGUUUGGCUGCUGGCUGGAGGUUGAUGUCGCUGGCAGAGUGUUCAGGACAGGACCCAACUAGGUAGAGCUGGUCAAAGAGGAAGAAAAGGGAAAAAGUAGGGGAUGUUGCAUUUAGGAUCCUGUUUAUGGACACUGCAGGCAGGCUGCUGCUAACAGUCCGGUGGCCUUGUAGGUGCUGUCAAGCUGAAAGGUUAAGGUAGUCUCAGAUCCGCAGUAGUAUUUUUAGAUCUCUUCUUUGAGGUACACAAAAAAUGUCGUCUCCAAGUCCAGGCAAGAGGCGAAUGGACACCGACGUGGUAAAACUCAUUGAGAGUAAACAUGAGGUCACGAUCCUGAGUGGACUGAAUGAGUUUGUGGUCAAAUUCCAUGGGCCACCUGGAACGCCGUAUGAAGGAGGCGUAUGGAAGGUUCGGGUGGAUCUACCAGAUAAAUACCCUUUUAAAUCCCCAUCAAUAGGUUUCAUGAACAAAAUCUUUCACCCCAACAUUGAUGAAGCAUCAGGAACAGUGUGUUUAGAUGUCAUCAACCAGACAUGGACAGCUCUUUAUGACCUCACCAACAUCUUUGAGUCCUUCCUCCCUCAGCUGCUCGCCUACCCCAACCCCAUCGAUCCUCUGAAUGGGGAUGCCGCCGCCAUGUACCUGCACCGGCCAGAGGACUACAAACACAAGAUUAAAGAAUACAUCCAGAAAUACGCCACAGAGGAGGCUCUAAAGGAGCAGGAGGAGGGCGGAGGGGACUCCUCCUCCGAGAGCUCCAUGUCAGACUUUUCUGAGGACGAGGCUCAGGAUAUGGAGUUGUAGUGAAGGCGAAGGCGUCCUUCAUCUCUCAACAGACUAUCAUUUCCUAAAGAGCAGAAACUCAGUACUAUAUUCGUAUUUAAACAAACAGGACACAUUUUUUUACGGUAACACAAGGAUUUUUAUUGCCACACAAGGUUUUGCAGUAUG